AUGGAGCAACAACAACAUGGCCUAAUUUUCACUAGUACCAACAACACAUCAGUGCCAUUCCCUGUCAACACCAAUUUCUAUCCUCUUCCUUGUCGACAUUUGUUGUUGCCGAGAAUUACUGCGCUAAUACCUUUCCCGGAAUCUACAAAUUAUUCGGCUCACCCCAGCUCGUGUCAAAUCAUCAAUGUUUUACGAUCACCUACGAACGUCCUUCAAAGGAUAGUGGUUCAACGACGACAACGACAAUCACAGUUACAACAACAGCAUUUUCCAGACGUUCACUCUGAUUUACAGAAUUCAGUUUUUUUCCUGGACUCAGAAACCAUGCAUGAAAGGUCCGACAAAAUAUCACCACGGUACAAAAUGAAGUUAAUUAUGUGGUUUAUGUUAUUAUUUAUUCUGGUUGGCAUGGUUCUUAUUGUAUUUAUACUUACAAUGUCAAAAAUGCAAGCGGUCUCUUCAACAUCGUUCCACGCAUUGCGUCGCUUGGAGGGUCAUUUCCUUGUGACAGAAGGACCGCUUCUAAAAUUUGAUGGAAAGUUAUUACAAAAGAAUACUGACCAGUUUAUAAUACAUGCCAGCAAAAUACAACGACAGUUAAAUCAUAUCUAUCGACAAAGUGGUUGUAGACUAAUAUAUGUUGGUGCUGAAGUGACAAAGUUCAGAUUCGUACCAACAGUACCAGCUCUCGACGUAACAUUUAUCCUGAAGAUACGGUCUGACUUGAAUAUCGAUGUCUUCAAUUUCCUGUCAAUAUUAAGGAACUACGUGCGGGCACGUGGAUUUGAUGGAAAUGCAAUUGAUGAUAAAAGUAUCAGCCUUGAAAUUAAACGUUUUUGA